CCUGGGCUCGCACACAUGACGUCAUCAGCGUGCGACAGCGCAAACUUGCGACAGAAAACAGAAGAAUCCCACGUGAACGGAGCCAUGGCGUGCGCGGAGCCGGAGGUGCAGUUCGCCCAGAAACUGGCGUCUAAUGAGAAGCCCGUGAGGAGGAAAGCGCUCAAGAAACUGCGAGCGUACAUCAGCGCCCGCUGCCGGACACACGCAGGGUUCUCAGAGGAGGAGCUGCUGAAGCUAUGGAAAGGCCUCUUCUACUGUCUGUGGAUGCAGGACAAGCUGCUCCUACAGGAGGAGCUGUCCACGCAGAUCUCAGGCCUCGUCCACCACUUCCACAGCUUCAGUGCACAGCUGCUGUUCCUGCGCACCUUCCUGACCACAGUGAAGAGGGAGUGGACCGGGAUUGACCGCCUGCGCAUGGACAAGUACUACCAGCUGGUGCGCUUCAUGUUCAGGCAGAUGUUUGAGCUGCUGCAGAGGAGCCAGUGGGACCCCAGUUGCAUUGCCCAGUUCCUGGGGCUGCUGUCGUUUGAGCUGCUGCAGGCUGGAGCACCCCCUGUAGGCUUGCAGAUGCACGUGUUGGACCUGUACCUGAGGGAGCUGGCUGUGGUCGGAGCACAGGAGCUCACUGCUGAUCAGAACCUGGUCUUUAUCGAACCCUUUAUGAAAACUGCAGCAAAGACAAAAGACCGCGCCCUGUUCAGAGCCAUCUGCAGCAGUAUCUUCAGCACCAUCAUCGACCAGGCUCCCUUUGCCAUCCAGGAGCUUCUGGAGGAGCUGGAGCAGGACUCUGACUCAGGCCAGGCCUCAGAGGACCAGGAGGAGCCUGAGGAGCAGCUCAAGACCAGAGCUGGGGCCAAAAAGACCAAAGCCGCCAAGGCCAAAGCCACAGCGCAGAUGAACGGCACAAAGUCUCACCCUGAAGAGGACGAGGAUGAUGAAGAUGAUGAGGACGAAGAGGAGGAUGACGGGCUGUCGGACUCGGAGCACCCCGUUGAUGAAGACGUGGGGCCUGUGUUACAGUUCGACUACGGAGCCGUGGCAGACAAACUCUUAGAGCUGUCCAGUCGAGGAAAUACCCCCAGCCGCAACCGUCAGAGACUCUACAAAAUCGUCAGAGUACUGCGGGACCUCAGCCAGGGGAGCUUCCCUCAGGACGAGUACCCAGAGGAGGUGUCCACAGACGAGGAUGAUGACGACUUUGGAAGCAGGAAGAGGGUGAAGAGGAAGCACACAGAGGAGGAGGAGGAGGAGGAGGAGCCAGAGCAGAAGAAGGCUAAAGGGAAGAAGAAACCCCCAAAGCCCAGCCCUGAAGCCUCCAGCUCUGUGACCAGUGAGGAGGGCAAGAAGAAGAAACGUAAGAAGAAGAAAAAAAAGAAGUCCUCACAAAGUGCAGCGGAGUCCACAGACAAAGCGUCGAUACCUGAAACAGAGACACAAGCCCCACUGGCACCGCAAGAUCAACCAGAAGAUCUGCCAGAAGACCAACCAGAGCCAGCCAAGACCCCUCAGGAGAACAACACAACACCACUGUUAAAAAAUAAGAAAAGAAAAAAGGCUAAAAAAUCUGAAGUUUUCAACGAGAAGCAUCAAAACGGACCAACUGUUGAAGAGCAAGAUAUACUGUCUGAACCCAAACCCACUGCUGCUCCUCCAGACACGCUUCAGACUGAAACAGCCAAGCACCCUACAGAGGAGGACACGGCACAAACCACCCUGAAGAAGAAGAGGAAGAAGAGGAGAACAGAGAGCUCUGAAUCAGGGCCGCAGCACGAGGAGGUCACCACGGAAACGCAGGCUGAGGACACAGUGCAGCCAGAGCCUAAAAAGAGAAAGAAAAAGGUGACGGAGAAGCUUACCAUGGAGACAGGAGCAGAGGAGACACAGCAGGAGUCCGAAGCUCCAAUGACCAGUGUGAAGGCCACCAAGAAACGGAAAGCGGCUGGACAGAAGAGGGUGCAGGAGGACACAGGGGUGGGCAAAAAGAGGAAGAAGAAGAAGAUCAUCCCAGUGGAGUUUGAGUAUGAAGCGGAGGUCCCGGCGGAGGAGACCAUAGGCAGGCCCUCAGACCCUUCUCAGACUCUCCUGAGCUCCAGGCCUCAGAAGCUCCAGAUGAACCAGACAGCUCAGCCAGACUUUGUGAGGUUCCAGAGCAGCAGUCCUCCUCCAGCUCCUCUGUUCUGCAGAGCCCUGUGCACCAAAACGAAGAGCACCACUCCCAAGUCAGACUCCAAGAAGGUGCGUUUUGGCCUGAAGAACAACCAGACGGCUGAGUUCCGGAGGACAGACCGCAGUCUGCUGCUGAGCCCAGAGGGGUCGUCCCGCGUGCCCUUUGACCCCGACCAGAAACCCAAGUGUGGAGUGCUCAAGUCCCCGCCCACCCCUUUCCCAAAACCCAAGAAGAAGAGUGGGGCUCGCGCGCGGCCCACAGCGGCAGACUUCUUUUGAACUAGAACUCUUACUGUUGUGAUCUUUAUGUUACAGAAGACAUAUUUUGAGUUUAAUAAACUUGAUCAAAUUAUUUACUAUGAGAAUCAUAAGUUUGUUGCACAAACCAUUCUGAACGAAUGAUUUUGGGUCAUGACAGUUGAGAAGACCCUGAUCCUGAGCUCCGCCCCCUGUUGU